UCGUCUUGUUGUUUGUAUUGAUUGUCAAAAUCAUUGAAUUUCUAAGUUUCGAGAAAUAAAAGACACAUGAUUUCAAAUAAUAGAAUCAUUGCAGUGAUUGAAUAUUUAAUAACAAUAUAAUAUGGCGAUUCUGUAAAUGAAAAAUGCCAUGUGGUAAUAAACUUACAAAUGGCAUUGUACAAAACCUUCAGUUAUAGCGUCGAAGUUCAGUACAAAAGUAGAUUAUUAUCGAAAGCGACAUUGUUCACAUUAUCAACAACAUUAUUAACCAUCAUCCUACCUUUUAUCGUAGCAUAUAGAAGUAGAGGAUUUUGGUUAAAAUCGUCGUACUUCUAUGAACACCCAUUAGUGCACACAACAUAUGAUUACUUACUUAUAGCAGAGACUGAUGACCCUGGUGUUAAUAUUAUAUGUGGAGAUACAUCAGCCUUAGAUGGUGACAGAGCUGGAGAUGAAGAAAAUUGUGUAGAAGUACAAAUUCAAGAAGAUGAUAUGAAUCAGGAUGGAAAGAAUGAUGUUCUAAAAUUUCACGCUCAUCUGAUUGUUCCAAAAAAUAGAAUGAUAAGUUCCAUUAUUUUAAUAUUAGGUAUUGACUUCAAAAUAUGUAAUGUCUGCCCUCUGCAAAUGCAAAGUCUGGCAGUGGUAACCAAGGAAUUCAAUGGUCAGCCAAAUGCAUUCAAAAGCUAUGGACAGUUACAGAUACGUCAAAUGAAGCAUUUGUCAUGCUUGCAAAAUAUUUUGGACACAUCAUAUAACUCCUCUCUUUUUAAUCAUGAGGGUUACAGUACCAAAAAUAUAGUUGACUUUAUUUUAGAAGAAUACCUAAGAAGAGAAGUUACAACAUUAGUCAAUCCAACCUAUUCCAGAACUCAAAAUGGCCGAACUGGUACCAUGGAUCUAAAUAUUAUUCUACAAAUCUCAGAAAUGGAAUUUCGAUAUACUCCAAGUCUUUUACAAGAACUGAAAUGGGCAUGGCCACAAUACCUGUCACUUCUAUUAAUCAUUUAUUGGUUAUUUGAAAGAAUAAGAAAAUUUGUCUUCAGCAAUCGCCUGUUGAUGGCUUGGGAGAUAAUUCCUUGGAGAAAGAGAGAUUAGUGAGUUUUAUUUGAAAUGAAUAUUAAUGAACUUUUCAUUAGUUACACUAAUAUUCUAUUUUACUUUUACUACCAUGAAUUGAAUGAAAUGUUUUAAGACACAAAUAUGACUACAUGUAUCAAAAUCGACACACAGAAAUAAAAUACAGCCUUUGAUUACUCAUAACAGCUGUUAAUAGCCUAAGAUAUUGAAACACUGAUAUUAUUUCUUAAAUACUAAAAUCUAUUAAUAUGUAUAUGUUGUAAAUAUCACAUAUUGGCUUAUAUAGCCAAACAAAGAAGUGUCGCUUAGACUGUAUUUGAACCAUAUCUCAAGACGAACAGGCCAUUAAAAAUUGUUUUUAUGGAAUUUGUUUGAUAUUUGUGAGAACAAGUUAUUAAUACACCAAUAAUUUAUUAUUUGUAUCUGCUAUACUAGCAUAUGUAUAUGAAAACUGAGGAUUAGUACAUUAA